UCAGCAUCAGUGGAAAUGGAGAUGUGUUCUUGAAAUGUCUGGCAGUUAAACGGAUCCAUUUAAGAUGGUGUGUGCAAAGACGGCAUGUUUCAGAGCAAUAUGUUUGCUAUCAGCAGAAAAUGGAACUACGAACAUGGGUGUAGCCUAUUUCAUAUUCAAAACGGAAACUUGUGAGAUGAAGGAUAACAAGAAAAUACAUUUCGAUGGAUCUCAGUCGCUGCUGAAAUCAGGCAAUGCUUCAAAUCCAGGAGAAUAAUGAAUGAUAUUCUAAUACGGUUAAAAUCUAGAUGCUGUUCACCGUGAGGUAGUGUAACAUAAUCGUGCAUCAUGUUAAUUUCUUGCUGGUAAAUUUUUAUCAAUCAUUGAUAGGCCUACUUCGACCGGGGAAAGCACGACCACUUGAUGUGGGGAUAUAGAAUACACGCGCCUUUGACAAUAGCUUGGUUACAUAGAUGGCAAAUUCAAGCGAGUUUGGGGAAAGCAGUCCCACGCUACAUAAUUAUGCCAUCACCGCCUCUGCGGUGAAACUGGCCUCGCUCGGUCUGGUCAUUUGCAUCAGCCUUUUCGGGAAUGCGGCGUUGUCCCUGCUAGUGCUGAAAGACAUCUCCCUUCACAAGGCUCCGUAUUAUUUUCUACUUGAUCUGUGCUUGGCAGAUGUAAUACGGUCUGCGGUGUGUUUGCCGUUUGUGAUGAUAUCAAUCAACAACCGUUCCAUCUGGACGUACAGCAUUAUACGUUGCAAAAUUAUUGCGUUCCUCUCGGUCCUUUUUUGUUUUCAUGUAGCGUUUAUGCUCUUCUGCGUCAGUGUAACCAGAUACAUGGCGAUUGCACACCACAGGUUUUAUUCCAAACGAAUGACAUUGUGGACAUGUGUGGCAGUGAUUUGCAUGGUCUGGACCCUCUCUGUCGCUAUGGCUUUCCCCCCUGUAUUUGACGUUGGCACCUACAAAUUCAUCCAUGAAGAGGAACAAUGCAUUUUUGAGCACCGAUAUGUGAAAGCAAAUGACACCCUGGGUUUCAUGUUGAUGCUGGCUGUCAUCGUGGGAACAACGCACGUUGUUUACAUCAAAAUGUUGUGUUUCGUGUACGACCAUCGGAAGAUGAAACCCGCUCAGCUUGUCCCAGCAAUAAGCCAAAACUGGACCUUUCACGGGCCAGGUGCAACUGGGCAGGCAGCCGCCAAUUGGAUAGCAGGAUUUGGACGUGGUCCCACCCCACCAACAUUGGUGGGAAUCAGACAAACUUCGCAUAAUGGAAACAGAAGGCUGCUUGUCUUGGAUGAAUUUAAAAUGGAGAAACGCAUAGGGAAAAUGUAUUACAUGAUAACCCUGGCGUUUCUUAUCCUCUGGGCCCCGUACAUUGUUACUUGCUACAUUCGAGUGUUUGUCAAAGGAGGCACAAUUCCACAGGUCUACCUGACUGCAGCCGUGUGGAUGACGUUCGUUCAGGCCGGGGCGAAUCCCAUUAUUUGUUUCAUAUUCAACAAGGAGCUGAGAUCGCGCCUCAGAGCCAGUUUCCCAUGUUGUCUCAGCACACAGACGCCUAUGUCUAUGGAACCAUACUGUGUCAUCUGAUAGGUUCUACUGUUGUUUUAGACAAGGGAAAAAGAACAGAACUGUCAUGUUGGUUUUGAUGCCUUAGGUGAUAUUACUCUGUUGCUAAGCUUGUCCAAUUUUCCCACACAGGCUGGCCAUAUUUUGUGAUUUGCACUUACAGAAAGUGCAAAAUGUUGCCAAUCUGUAUUUCGAAUAGGCCUACUAAUAAUGUUGCAUAUUUGAAGAAUCUCAUUGGGAUAUUAUUUGAGUAAUGUAGGCCUAUGGCAAUUCAGUUACAAGAGCAUAAGACAAUUCUGUACAUUCUCUAAAGCUUUUUAUUUCUUUAUUCUGAACUUUUUUUUAAAUCAAAUAUGGUGUAGCUUUCAUAAAAUCUUCAUAUAAUUAUUUGUGUGGAGAAGGUGAUAAAACAAACUUUUACAGUCUUUUGCAAAUACAUUUUCUUCCUGGAUUUUAAUAACAUGUGUUGAUAAAAAUGUAUACCUUGCACAUUCCCUGUAAAAAAGACAAAUUACAUGUUUUUUUCUAUGGACAAGGAUGAUGGAACUCUAAAAGAAGCAAAGCAUCAAUGCUGCAGAGAGAUGUUUGCAAUGUUUGUACUUCUGAGUAAAUAAACAACAGAUUAAUGAUUA